CCUCCUACAUGUCUUACAUGUAAAUCAGUACAGAGAAAAGCUGUGGGCAACAUGCCUGAUAUUCGUGUUGGGGGUUUCGUGGUUUCACACAAAGAAAAGUAAGAAGAAGGAGAGAGACAAAGGGAGAGAGAAAUAGAUAGUUGUCAGGAAAUAUCUGGCUAAUUGUCUAAGGGGGCAUCAUUGAUUUUGGCAUUGUAUCCUGGUCUGCCUUGAGCGCUUCGAGAGGAUGGAGACGAUGGAGUCCAUGGAACCGAUAUCUGCGCACUACACCACUGCAUACCCGGAGAUCCACCCCGAUAGCGCCUAUGGAUCUACCGAAGGGGAGGAGAACCAUUCACCGUCUGCCCCCCCAGCUCUUUCAUACGACGAAGAAUUAAUGCACAAGACUAUCCUGGUGGGGGAUAGUGGAGUGGGUAAGACGUCUCUUCUGGUCCAGUUUGACCAGGGCAAGUUCAUCCCUGGAUCCUUCUCUGCUACUGUUGGCAUCUGCUUCACGAACAAGGUGGUGACUGUAGACAACGUGAAGGUAAAACUACAGAUGUGGGACACUGCAGGCCAGGAGCGGUUCAGGAGUGUGACACAUGCCUAUUACAGGGACGCCCAUGCCCUACUCCUUUUAUAUGACAUCACCAGCAAAUCCUCCUUUGACAACAUACGGGCGUGGCUUACAGAGAUUCAUGAGUAUGCACAGAGGGAUGUAGUCAUCAUGUUGCUGGGCAACAAGGCAGACAUGGCCAGUGAAAGAGUGAUCAGGAGAGACGAAGGAGAGAAGCUGGCCAGGGAGUAUUCUGUUCCUUUCAUGGAGACAAGUGCCAAGACUGGGGUGAACGUUGAUCUGGCUUUCAUUGCAGUGGCAAAGGAGCUGAAGCACAGGGCAGUACAUGGCCAGCAGCCCAACGAGCCCAAAUUCCAGAUUCAUGAGUACAUUGAGUCUCAGAAGGAAAAGUCUGGUUGCUGUAGCUACUUCUGAUGCAGAUACCUCUUUCUCUCACCUCUGACUCUAUACUCCCCCGAUCAGCAUCAGCUCUGCCAGGUACAAUCAAGGGGAGUGAAGAGGUGCCAUCUAAGUAGUACACAGCAAGGACUUACAGGGAGGGAAGUAAAUCAACUAAUCAGCUUCGGAUGAGUGUGGGAGAAUUGGCUUUGAGGUUUUUGUAUUUAUCUUUUACACAAAUACAGAAAUGCCAUAGAAAUAUUUUCCCCCUUUUACAAGGAAGAGCUGUCUCAAGAUGAACACAUUUCCCCUAGGACCCAUGAUACUGUGUUAUCAUUCAAAUGCAGUGCCAUGCAUGUGUCACAAGGUGGAAAGUGUUGGGUUCUAAGACUGGGUUGAGCAGGCAGAGUGAAGCAGAGGCAGACAACAAAAUAAUGUUUUCAAACAUUUAUUUUCUAUGGCAUGGUUUUCUCCACAUAAAUUGUGAUCAAAGUUUAAGCAUGUUCUCCGUUAAAAUUCUUACUUCAAUUCCAUAAUUAUUUUCCAUACUUCGUAGCAUGCUCUUUUACUUUUAACUUUAAAACCCAUGCUAGUUACAACCACAGAUAUACAAACCAAACAAAACAAAAAGGGUCCCAGGAAGUGAUAGAGCCCUGGAGGCAGGCAUCUAUUUUUUCAAGAGCUCAAUUUCAGCUUGACCAAACUCAAUUAGCAAUGUGCUCUCACCAAUCAAAGCCAUAACACGUUCGGGCACAACCUGGGACCCACCAUGCUUCCAGACAACAUUCACUUCCUGUGAGCAGCUGCCUGGAACACAAAAACAAAUGGGUUUAAAUACAGCAUUCAAAAGCAUAUGAUGUGUUAAUCAACCAACACAAAUGCUUCCAUGCAAAUAACUCACACCUGCUUUCAGAUAUAUAAUAAUACAAUUUCAUAAUAUUAUGCUGCUGAAGUUAUUUCAGGUUGUCAAUUUUAAUAUGAACUUGAGUAUUUUAUUCAGAAUAUUACAAUAUGUUAUUUACCUGGUCAGUAGUUUCUUGUGAGAAUGCCAAAUGUUGUAUUUGAUGUAUGCUGCAUGAAAAUUAUAUUUUCUAAAAUG